AGACGCGCCGCUUGAGGAGGAACUGUCAUGGCUGCGCCUAUGUGUAGUCACGGGGUUCUGUUCGAAGGACAGUCCACAGCAUGUGCUCUUUUUUAGAAAGACGGCAACUUGCGUUGCAUCUUGGGUAUUUGAAAGUGUGCCAAUAGAUAGCAGAAUGAAUAGCAAAGCACGUUCCUUGUUAUGGACCAUCCGACGAUUCAGUACGUUACUUCCAAGAAGCAGAGCUUUGAGGAUAGAUCCAUUGGGAACUUGCAGACCAGAGGUUAUUCAUUCAAAAUGGAACCCAAGAAACCAUCGGCUAAAUGUUUUUGAUGAGGGAUUGCAACCAUCUGUUAGAUACCUCUUUCAGGAUAUAUUUAUUUCUAAAUCAGUAGAUGGUUGUAUUCAAACUAAAGGCAUAAGCCAUUCAGCCGUUUUUAAACCUGAUAGGCUGCUUUGUCCUAGAAGACUGUCCUUUGAUGCAAAACAUUCUUUUGUCUCUGAUGGGACAUCUGAUCAUGAUUUAAAGAAAAUAAACUUUCAUCAUACCUCCAGUGAAGAUGUGUUCACCAAGAAAGUAAGACCAACCCCUGUGAAUUAUAAAAAGCUAGCCCAGGAGUGUAACUCUCUGAGUGAUGUGCUGGACACAUUUUCAAAAGCACCUACAUUUCCUGGUAGUAACUAUUUCUUAGCAAUGUGGAUAAUUGCCAAAAGGAUAUCUGAAGACAAGAGGCGCUUUGAGAGACAGCUGAUGUUCAGUCACCCUGCCUUUAACCAGCUGUGUGAGCAGAUGAUGAGAGAAGCCAAGAUUAUGCACUAUGACCACCUCUUGUUCAGCCUUAAUGCUAUAGUGAAGCUGGGAAUCCCUCAGAACACUCUUAUGGUACAGACUUUGCUGAGGACGAUUCAGGAGCGCAUCAAUGAGUGUGAUGAGAGAUGUCUUUCAAUUUUGUCAACCGCUUUAGUGUCAAUGGAGCCAUGCAUGAAUGUGAAUGCGCUUCGAGCAGGGUUGCGAAUCCUAGUUGAUCAGCAAGUUUGGAACAUAAAACAUGUCUUCACCUUACAAACAGUGAUGAAAUGUAUUGGGAAAGACGCACCAUCUGCACUUAAGAAGAAAUUGGAGAUGAAAGCCUUGAAGGAGUUAGGCAGAUUUUCCAUCUUGAAUAGCCAGCACAUGUUUGAAGUCUUAGCAGCUAUGGAUCUCCGCUCUGUUGUCCUUCUGAAUGAAUGCAGUAAGGUUGUCAUAGAUAAUGUCCAUGGGUGUCCUUUUAAAGUAUUGAUCAGCAUACUGCAGUCCUGUAGAGACCUCCGAUACCAAAAUGAAGAUCUCUUCAAAAGCAUAGCAGAAUAUGUGGCUACAACCUUUGACAUCUGGAAGUUGAAACAAGUUAUCUUUUUCCUCUUAUUAUUUGAAACUCUUGGUUUUCGACCUCCUGGUUUGAUGGACAAGCUUAUGGAGAAAGUAGUACAGGAGCCUGGCUCUCUAAACGUGAAGAACAUCGUUUCUAUCCUGCAUGUGUAUUCUUCUCUCAAUCAUGUUCACAAAAUCCACAACAGAGAGUUCCUAGAAGCUCUGGCGAGUGCUCUGACUGGCUGUCUUCACCACAUUUCUUCUGAAAGCCUGUUGAAUGCUGUGCAUUCGUUUUGCAUGAUGAAUUAUUUCCCUCUGGCCCCUAUUAACCAGCUUAUCAAAGAGAAUAUCAUCAACGAACUGCUGACUUCGGGUGACACAGAGAAGAAUAUUCAUAAGCUUCAUGUUUUGAAUACUUGUCUGAAACUUGAUGAAAGUACUUACAAAUCUGUGCACAUACCGUUGCCACAGCUGCCACUGUCAGCAUCACAGCCAAACGAGAAGCUUGCAGAGGUCCUCAGCAGGCUUCUGGAAGGGGAAGGACGCUUCUCGAGAAAUGUGCCAUUGCCACAUAAUUAUCACAUUGAUUUUGAAAUCAGAAUGGAUACUAACAGGACCCAAGUAUUUUCAUUUUCUGAUGUAGAUGCAAGUUCUGCCACAAACAUGCAGAGAGUAGCAGUGCUGUGUGUUCCUAAGUCUGUUUACUGUUUAAAUUCAUGCCACCCCAGAGGAUUGAUGGCCAUGAAAAUCCGACAUUUGAAUGUAAUGGGCUUCCAUGUGAUCUUGAUCCAUAACUGGGAGCUGAAGAAACUAAAGAUGGAGGAUGCGGUCACAUUUGUGAGGAAGAAGAUCUAUUCAGAUGAAGUGCUUCCCACUGCUGACACAACCGUGUAAAGCUUGACUACAUCAGAACACACAGUUGUAAAAUGAUUUUAAUAAAGGCUGUGAUUCAGUUAUUCGUGGAUCAGCUGGCUGAUCACUGCAACAAUGGUAUUUUCAGGUUGGGUUAAAGAUGACUUUAAGAAUGGAAGAUGUGUUGUCAUUGGUAUUUUGGAACACACUGGAAACACUUCAGAAGAGCCAUUUUUCCAACAGCAUCUGCUCCUCUGACUGUGCAGAUGCUUAAUAUGUCCAAGAGCUGUCGCUGUACUUUUUCUCAUGGGCUUUGGUGUGUUAAAAGCUGCUUUCUUAGUUGUGUUAUGAUAGGUCACAUGUAAGUUUGUGUUGGGAGUUUGAAGUCUGAAUAUUUAUAUUUCUUCUGUCAGCUGUUGUGAGACUUAGGAUUUAUAUUUCAGAUCAUUCAAACAGUAGCUAGGCAGCAUUUCGACCAAGUUCUCAAGCCGUAGGUCAUGCAAGAGUUGGUGAGGUAGCAUGUGAAAUGUGAGUGCGGGGCCUGGGGAUGGUUCAGUGAUGAUGGUGUCUGGUGUGCAGAUAUUACCCAUGUUAAAGCCAGAUGUGGAUGGUUAUCCACCAAUAACCUUGGAAGAUGUGAAUGGUUAUCCACCAGUAUCCUUGGAAGAUAUGGAUGGUUAUCCACCAGUAAUCUUGGCAGACCCUAGGAGCCCACUGGCCAGAUAUAUUGGCCAAGACCUGCUGACCGUAACCUCUGGCUUCCACAUGCACACACCUCUCAUCCACACAUGCACACAGCAGAUGAGGAUGCCGUGCACAUAUGUAGCAAGCACUGCAAGUGGAGGUGUGUCCUGGGCUGCAACAGGAGGUAAAAGGAGAAGCGAAGUCAUCCGUGUUUGUUAAAAUGGAUAGGCUGUCCAUUGACAUAAGUUUUGCCAUUUUUGAGACUAAUUUCUUUGUCCUUGCCUCUCCCACCAUUGCAUGAGACUUCCAAAAUUUAAAUAUAUUGCCAAACUGUGAACU